GUCUUUCCGUGCCCGGUAAUUCGACAUGAUCACCGCAAAGAUCACUGUUCUCAUUGGACUGAUUUUCGUCCUCGGACAUGCAUCUGCAAUGCCAGAUAGCGCGGGCAUUGUGGAAAUGAGAAAUGGUCUUGCAUACGGUGGUAUACCCUAUGGAAGUGUAUCCGGCAUGGUGUAUGGAUUUGAAAAACCCGCGGGGGUGCAACUAUAUCCAGGUGUGACGGCAACAGGAACUCGAGUUGUGAUAACGCCAAAUUUGAGAGCUGCAGGUGUAGAAGCACGAUCUCGGGGUCCAGUACAAAUUUACAAUUUACCAGGGGUCGUGGCCCCUGGUGUUGUCGGAACAAUCAGUCAAAUUGGUUACAAAUAAGUUAGAGAUUAAGCCAACCUCAGUAUUUAUUUCUAAUGCCAACAACUAUUCUAAUGCCAACUACCGAUGACUGACUAUCGAUAAGCUAUCGUCUGUUUAAGGAAGAGGUUUCUUACCGUAGGUCAUGGCCUACGGGGUAUAAAUAGUGCUUCAAAUGUUAAUAUGGGGGAGAAAAUUCAAACCUAAGUACUGCGAUAACAUAAAGAGAAAUGCAUAUAUCUUGAAUUUGUUAUAAGUAAUCAGACGAAAUGGUCUAAGGAUCUUUACUAUUAGGUAUGUCUACAAAAAUUGUUCGGGUACAUUUGUGAUGAUUAGUAGCAUCGAUUGUUUAUAGUGCCUCGUCCAUCUUCGCUAUGUUCACGCAUGUUAGUCGCAUUGAUUGUAUAUCGAUGAAGUAACAAAAGGUUUUAAAAAUAAUUACAACGCAUUAUCGGUCUUCUGUCGGGCUCUUGCCAUUGUUGAUAUCAGUUAAUGAUCGAUGAUUAUCGGUAAAUUGUCGAUAGUUAGUCGUCAAUGUCGAUACGCGUGCCUCGGUUAGCGAAGCAUCAAACUACUACUUUUUAUCCAUGUUUGUUAUUGGAUAAUGGAAUCGUGUUAACAAUUGUAUUCCCCGUCAUCGAUGACGGGAUCUUCGAGGAUGUACAGUACACAAGCGGC